AUGAACCAUCAUUUUGACUUUAAUAAUAAUAAUAAUUAUCAACUAAAUAAUAAUAAUCAUCAUAUCAAUAGGGAAGACGGCAAGAAAUCAGAAAAUAUCAUUUCUCCAGGUACUACAAACAAAUUGGGUCAAUUUUCAUUGAAUGAUUUAUCAAAUCCACCAACUGAUGAAGAAUUAAGAAACUACAAGGAUGUACCAUCAUCUUCAUUACCACCAAUCCACAAGAGAGAAAUGUUAAAGAGAAUCUUUGUAAACCGUGAUCUUAGAUUAGACCGUAUCGAAUUUUAUGGAUUCGAUAUGGAUUAUACUAUUGCAGUUUACAAUUCACCAGAUUUUGAGGAAUUGGCUUAUGAUAUGGUACUCGAGAGAUUGAUUGGAUUGGGUUACCCAACCACCAUCAAAAAACUUCGUUACGAUCCAAAGUUCCCAAUCAGAGGUUUGUUCUUGGACAAGGAAUUGGGUAAUCUCCUCAAAAUCGAUAGUUUUGGUAACAUUGCCCUCUGUAUUCAUGGUAGAACCACCUAUACAUCAAAGGAAACUUAUGAAUAUUAUCCAUCAAUGAGAGUUCCAAAUGAUGAUAUUGGUAGAAGAUUCUAUUUAUUAAAUACAUUAUUUACAUUACCAGAAGCCAGUUUAUAUGCUGAUCUAGUUGAAUUCUUUGAAACUGAAUCCAAUUUAAAGAUUACAGAGGAACUUGCCGAAGAACAACAACAAGCCAACUCACCACCAUUGGAACUUUUACGUGCCGAUGUUCCAAAGCCAACCAUUCAAGCCAUCAAAGGAAACAACGUAGGUGAUUUAUCCUAUUCCAACUUGUUCCAAGAUCUCAGAGAAGCUAUGGAUCUUGUUCAUAACGAUGGUACUCUUAAAUCUAAAGUUUUGGAUGAUAUGCCAAGAUAUAUUAAAAAGACACAAGCAAAUGUAUUAUUUGAUAGAUUAAGACAAAAUAAUAACAAGGUAUUUUUGUUGACCAAUAGUGAAUUCUAUUACACCAACAAGGUGAUGUCUUAUUUGUUAAACGACACCAAUCCAAAGUACAAGUCGUGGAGAGACUACUUUGAUGUGAUUAUUGUCGGUGCCGACAAGCCAAGAUUCUUCUCAGAGGGCACGACCAUCCGAGAGGUUGACAUUAACACGGGCAACCUGAUGAUCACCCACGUCAAGGACCGUUUCGAGGCCGGCAAGGUAUACCACGGCGGUUCAUUGUCACUUUUCCAAAAGUUGACUGGUGCCAAGGGCAACCGUGUCUUGUACACUGGUGACCACAUCUUUGCCGACAUUAUCAAAUCGAAAAAGUCACAUGGAUGGAGAAACUUGUUGGUCGUACCAGAACUGCAACACGAAUUGCGUGUCUUGGGCGAACAGAAAAACACAAACAUUCAUUUGUUGAAUCUCGAGUUUAUCAGAGCCGAAAUCUACCGUGGAUUGGACAGUGAGUCGACCACUCCACCCGAUAUUUCAGUGUUGCACCAACACAUCAAAGAAGCCACCAACAAGUUGAACGAAGCCUACAACAAAUACUUUGGCAGUCUUUUCAAGAGUGGUUCCAAUGCCACCUUCUUCUCUAUGCAAGUUCAAAGAUACGCCGAUCUCUACACUUCCGAUUAUCUCAAUCUUCUCAAUUACCCAUUGUUCUAUCAUUUCAAUGCCAACACAGUUGCAAUGCCACAUGAAAGUUCUGGUGGUGCUUCAUUUGAUAAAAUGUCAAAUUAA